GGGAGGGUCAGGGGUCAGCUUGUGAGGGGAAGGGAGUUUGUUUCCCUCAGGUGCCGCCGAGCGGAGGGAGUGGCUGGCGGAGCCGAGGCCGGGAGAGCAUCUGCACGUCGUGUCGGAGCCGCUGGAGAGACUCCCGGGUGUGUGGAAGCAGAAACCCCGCAUGGCCGAUUUCCAUCCAUUCGUUGAACAACUUCCAUUGUAUACCCUCACUAUGGCUGAAACAAAACCUGACUGGGCUGUUAGAACCAACAGAGCAUCUGAAGACCAACAGAGUCCCUUCCACUACAUGUCCCUGAGAAUGCAGGAUGUGGCUGGUGAUGGUGGUGUGUUGAAAGAAGUUCUGCGGCCUGGCUCAGGCAGUGUAAUUCCAUCUACCGCAUCGGUCUCUGUUCAUUACAGUGCCUACAGUGAAUACACAGACAGGCCCUUCGAUUCCAACAUGCAGAGGAAUACACCGAGGUUCAUGAAGAUUGGUCAAGAUAUAACGCUGCCUGGUAUGGAACUAGCAAUACUGACCAUGAGGAAAGGAGAGUUUUCACGGUUUCUUUUCAAGCCAGAAUAUGCAUACGGGAAGAUGGGCUGUCCCCCUCGGAUCCCACCAAAUGCCACUGUAAUGUUUGAAAUAGAUAUCCUGGACUUUUUAGAUACUUCGGAAUCUGAUCAAUACUUCUCUUUGUCACAGGCAGAGCAGAUUAACUACCCUCUGGACAAACUGCUGAAGAUCGUCAACACGGAGAGGGAAUUUGGGAAUUAUUUCUUCCACCAGAAGCAAUACCAGGAUGCCAAGGACAAGUACAAGAAGGCCCUGUCCGUGUUUGCUCAGUACCAACCGGCUAAUGAGGAUCAAAAGCAGCAAAUUCACUCCUCCAAGUUGUUACUGUUCCUGAAUCUGUCCAUCGUGUGUCUGAAGCUGAAUGCUCCGAACCGUGCACUAGUUUAUGGGGAAAGGGCCCUACAGAUCGAGAGCAAGCAUCCCAAAGCAUUGUUCAGGUGCGGCCAGCUGUUAUCGAGAGUGGAACUUGAAGGAGAAGGAAAUCUGUGGCAGGAUGUUUGCUGCCUAGGAGCUUCUGAUAGUGAGAGACAAAGAUUCCAGCAUCUUUUUGUUUUCAGUUCCAUGUCCAUUCAUGGUGCUCUGGUGCCUGUGCAUGUUACGCCAUGCCCUGCUUUCCUUGAUUGCCUCAUCCUACGCCACCCAAGACUCCUGCUGUACAAUCAUCCAAUUAGUUUUUUUCUGCACCUUCUGGCAUGCCUUGGCAAGACUAUAUGCACUGUGGAGAAUGGUUAAGGGCUUCAGCAGACCCGAUGAUACAGUGGAGGAAUGGAAUCUGUUUUGCACAGAGACAAUAGUAAAUAUAAAACCUAAAAUGUUUCAAGUGGAAUGCAUUUUGAAAUAUGUUAAAAUACUUACUCAAAGUUGGUUAAAUGUUUCCCAUACAGCAAGUAUCUUUCAGGCAGUUAUUGGGAACGAACUGGGACAAUGUACAAGUGUUGCUGCGAACAUCAAACGUCCUGUGUGUAUUCUCCAUUUCGUUUGAAACCCAUGAACUACUUGGUUGAAGUUGUAUGGUGUUUGGUAGCUCCUUGAGUAAUCUGAUUUAUAAGAAUAAACUCUCAGUUAUUUGUCACUGUUUAAAUAUAAAGUAUGCAUGUGCCACCGGUGCAGUGGAUGUUGUCUUACACACUGGUGGAAAGGUAACAGUGAUCUCGAAGAAAUGAAUCAACUCAGAACUGACAGUCAUUAUUCUGUGUAUAUGUUGUUCCCAAGAGUUCUGUUUAAAUUUGCUUUAAAUAAAAGGUUUGAUUACGAAAGUUGUCUGACCACUGCAAAGCUUCAAUGAAAUGGAUAAAUAUGCACAGCUUGGAGACCAUCCUUGUGAAUUUACUGUUGGUUAUAAGGAGUUUGGUAUUUCACUGGCCUUGUUCUAAUUUUCCAGCCUUAUAAGUAUUUUAAACUAUAUUUUUAAUUUUAUGAGCAUAGACAUCAUCUUAAAUGGAAAGUUCAGCCCAAACUGGAUUGCUUGCCUCUUGUAAUAACAGUGUGAUACCUCUUCGGCCAGAUCUCUGUCACUCAUAUUUCCAGCUCAGGUCACUGGUGUAAGCAGCCUCCUGAGUACUUCCUUCAUCUGCUUCUGUGCAUUAAAUCAGAGUCCUUGGUAUCUUAUCUAACUCAGAACUGCUCCUUCGAUCUGUUGGCUCGAGAGCUUUUGCUGAACUUGAAGCAAUAAAAGGUCAUGGACCCAGUGUUGUCUUCUCAAACUAAUUGGUUCCCAUAAUUACAGUGAUAUAUGGGGUCAGCCUAAUUCCUGAAAAAUCAGUAAGGCUUAUUGGAUGGAUUAUAGCCCUCUUUCUAGAACUGGGCCAUGUGUGAUAAAGGGAACAGCAGCCUGUGCAGGAAGUGCAGUUGUGGUGACAAAAUGAACAGCACUGAGGUGGUUUCAUUGCAUUAGGGGCAGUUUCUUUGGCGCUUGGUUCCCCCCUCAUCUAAGGUCAUUAUUUACUCUCCUGACAAGUCAAGCAUCUAACAUUAAACUUGUUUUGCAGAAAAAUCAAAACCUAAAUAUCUAGAGCAAACUGCUGAAGUAUAACCUCAUAACUUCAAAGCAAGAGGAUCAGCAUCUCUGGCCUGGUUGGACAGGGAAAUGAUUGCAUCUCCUCAACCAAGCAGAUUUUGGGCUUUCUAUAAAUCCAUAAACAUUAACAUCUAAAUUAAAAUACACAAUGAAUUUUCAGUUCAGAAUUAAAUAUCAACAAUUAACUUAUUUUGGAUUAAAGGUAAUAUGCUCUUAUAAUGAAAGCAACUUCUGCAAGGGACAUGUCUGGUCUCCAGGCAGGUAUGAGUGUUUUAAAUCUACAGAAGAAUUCACUUUGAUGAAAUUAGCACUGAGCAAAUUGGGCAGAAAUUCCUGUGUUAACCUUGCCUUGCUCUUGUUCUUGCCUGUAUUUGCUGGAGCAUUUGUCCUUGAAUAAGGGAAACAGCAUUAACCUCACUGCUACUUCUUCAGUAAAUUUGGGCCCAUUAGUACCUGCCCUGUGGGAGCGGUAUGUGAAUUGAUAAGUGUACUGAGAUACCUGGUUUAACUUUCACUGCACUUAGUUGACUUUUUUUGGGGAACAGGUUAUUUAGGAUUCGGGUCAAUCCACCUUCCUGCCUCAUCUCUUCCCCACCCCCACCCCUAAAGAAAACAAA